AUGUCGAAAACCGAAAAAGUGGUGAAGCCAAAAGCCGUCAAACCAACAAAAACAAAACAAAAAAAAGACGUGACAACUAAAAACGCAGAGGGAGAUGAGAAGAUUGAAAAAGUUGGAACAGAGGAAGAGGAAAGUUUUCGCGAGUUUCCCGUAGACAUUAACAAAAUCGAACUCCCAAUCAUACAAAACAUCGUAGCAACCGUCGAAUUAGACUGCAAUGUCAAUCUUCAAGAUGUCGUGAGACGUGUGCGGAACGCUGAAUACAAUCCCAAGCGUUUUGGGGCGUUAAUAAUUCGAAUCACAAACCCUAAAACGACCGCACUUGUCUUUCACUCAGGAAAGCUUGUGAUUACGGGUGGCAAAACGAUUGAUGAUUCAAGGCUGGCUGGCCGGAAAUAUGCCAGAAUACUCCAGCGCUUGGGCUACGAAGUAAAAUUCAAUCACUUCAAAGUCCAAAACGUUGUGGCUUCAUGCGAUAUGAAAUUUGCGAUCUCGCUCAGGGACUUAAUCACUCUGUCACCCAAAAACACCAAAUACGAGCCGGAAAUUUUCCCUGGUGUCGUGUACAGACUCGCGGAACCUAAAAUGGUUCUUCUGAUCUUCGCUUCGGGUAAAAUUGUCUUUACUGGGGGCAAAGAGGUCGAGCAGAUCAACCAAGCAUUCAAGACGAUAUACAAAAUCCUCUUACAAGUCGCGUCUAUAGAAAAAUAA